AUGAGGUGGCCAAUGGGCUGCUGGGUGGAGCCGCGCCCCUGCGAAGGAUCUGGCCGGCCUCCGCCGCCCAGGACACGGCUGCAAGAAGACGCUCCCGCGGGACCAUGGAGCGCCCUGUGAAAGUGAAGACGUGGGUGGAGGAGAACCGGGCCUCCUUCCUGCCCCCCGUAUGCAACAAGCUCAUGCACCGGGAGCAGCUCAAAGUCAUGUUCGUCGGGGGCCCCAACAUCAGGAAGGACUAUCACAUCGAGGAGGGUGAGGAGGUGUUUUACCAGCUGGAGGGAGACAUGGUCCUCCGCAUCCUGGAGCAUGGGAAACACCGGGAUGUGGUCAUUCGGCAAGGAGAGAUUUUCCUCCUGCCUGCCAGGGUGCCCCACUCACCGCAGAGGUUUGCCAGCACGGUGGGGCUGGUGGUUGAGCGGAGACGGCUGAAAUCGGAGCUAGAUGGGCUCAGGUACUACGUGGAGGACACUGCGGACGUCUUGUUUGAGAAGUGGUUCUAUUGUGAGGACCUCGGCACACAGCUGGCCCCCAUCAUCCAGGAGUUCUUCAGCUCUGAGCAGUGCCGAACAGGAAAGCCCAUUCCUGAUCAGCUGCGCAAGGAGCUGCCAUUCCCUCUGAGCACACGAUCCGUCACGGAGCCCAUGUCCCUGACGACCUGGCUGGACGGCCACCGCAGGGAGCUGCAGGCAGGCACACCCCUCAGCCUGUUUGGGGACACCUAUGAGACCCAGGUGAUCGCCCACGGACAGGGCAGCAGCAAAGGCCCGCGGCAGGACGUGGACGUGUGGCUGUGGCAGCUGGAGGGCUCCUCAGUGGUAACCAUGGGGGGACAGCGCCUGAGCCUGACUCCCGACGACAGCCUCCUCGUGCCAGCUGGGACUCCGUAUGACUGGGAGCGAGCGCAAGGCUCGGUGGCCCUGUCUGUGACCCAAGACCCUGCCCGCAAGAAGCCCUUGUGGUGACCCUCUUGUUCUGGGCCUGUGGCAGGCACAGGGUGCCUGAGCACCGUCCAGCUUGACAGCUCCCCAGCGCCCCCGUCCCCUGUGGACUGACCCUGAGCGUUUCAGCGUCCCCACGCCGACCCCCGGGUAUCAAUGUCAGCCGUCCUCCUGCCACACUCAGCCCAGGUCCAGGCUCCUGGGCCCAGGCGCUCGCCUUCUCUAACAGCCUCAGCCGGCUGCCCGCAUGGGAAUGCCAGGUGGUGUCCCGCCUAGGGCUGGGCUGCCGCUCCGUCCUUCUGUCCCCACCGCCUCAGCACAGCACUUGCCUGCACCAGGAAAACCCUUAAUAAAGACUUCUGCAUGCACACGG